AUGCACAAAGAAGUGGGAGAUGAAGAGUCCAUGUUCUGCGUCACUGGACGUAAACGCCGGAGGCCCGCAGUGUACGCGAUAGCCGUGGUAUUCCUGCUCAGACUUAGUAGUGCUGACGUCCAUGUCACGCAGUUCAUGCACUCUAUGCAGAAGACGCAAGAUCAGAUGCGAUCACCCGGGGAAAGAAUUCUGGUUCAACCGCCUCCGGUCACACAAGCGUCGAUCAGGGGCCGAUCGGCAGCAUCGAGCCAUGUGUCAAGUGCCCCGGGAACGACUUCGUCAAGGGCAUCAACGGUUACUAGUCAAACAUCGGCUCAAGAAGUCGAGUCGCUGAGAACCCGCAUUCGGGAGCUGGAAGAACAGCUAUCCAGAGCUGCACACGCAAUUCAGCCAUCUGCCUCGACGCCUGAUUCCAACAUAGAAACAACAUCAUCUCGUUUGAGUGGGAUAUUCCAUGUCCAUCGCGAAGUCGGUCAAGUCAAGACUCGUAGCGUUACACAUAAGCGGCGCCUAUUUGGCCAAAGCCAUUGGUAUAAUACUAUCAUUCUGUUCCAGGAUAUCUGGGAAACGACGGAGCCACAGCUGCGAGAGGAAAAUUCCAAGGCCUUUGCCGACAUUCAACAAUGUAAACAAUUGGCGCGAGUGAUCAAAUCGCGCCGCGCUCCCCCAUGGCCUUUACAGCCAACGAACCAGCUUCCCCCGAAAGAUAUAGCGGACGAGCUUGUACACUGUUAUUGUCGGACGACGGAAACGGUGUUUCGUGUCCUUCAUAUUCCUACUUUCAAGAGGGACUAUGAAGCGCUCUGGGUGUCUGGCGGUCAACCUGAUACUGGAUUUCUGAUGCAGCUGAAGCUGGUGCUCGCCAUUGGAGCAGCCGUAUACGAUGAAAAAUAUACUCUCCGUUCUUCAGCCUUGCGAUGGGUAUACGAGGCAGAGACUUGGGUUUCCGAGCCGAAGUUCAAGUCCCGACUGGACAUCCAGUCCCUGCAGACACACAUUCUACUUUUGCUGGCUCGAGAGAUAGUUGGCAUAGGUGGCGACUCCGUCUGGUUCGCGGCGGGCGCAUUGUUCAGAAAAGCAAUCUAUCUCGGAUUACAUCGGGAUCCCCAUCGCCUUCCUAAUCAGAAUACGUACACUGCCGAGAUGCGCCGAAGAUUGUGGAAUACUAUUCUGGAGAUCGCACUGCAAUCAAGCCUUACAUCUGGAGGCCCGCCCUUGCUGUCCGUUGGUGACUUCGACACCGAAUCUCCGGCCAAUUUUGACGAUGACCAGCUUGUAGCGGAACACCCUGUGCCAAAGCCGGACGAUGAGUUUACUGAUGUAUCUGUCUCCAUAUCUCUACGCAAGACAUUUCCCAUUCGCCUUGCUGUAGCUAAAUUCCUGAAUGACCUGGGCUCUUCCGGCACCUACGAGGAGACUCUCCGGCUUGAUGCAGAACUCCGGGCUUCAUACAGGACACUCUGCCGCACGCUCCAAAAAUGCAGCUCUAACAGAGAACCACCACCACCUCAGUUCGCCAUUCAGACUGUCGACUUUCUUAUGCGUGGCUACCUGUCUGCGCUGCACAUGCCCUUCUUCGGUCCAUCGCUGCACGGAACCGCUUACGCAUUCUCUCGGAAAGUCGUGGUGGAGAACUCGCUCAAAAUCUGGUAUUUAACACAUCCUUCAGGAACUUCUUCUGCGCAUCCUCAGAUUGCGCAGGACCACUCGGAUACUGACCUUGUGCGUUUGGUUGUCUGUGGCGCGGGAGUCAUCCGCAUUCUUUCUUUCCAGGCUGUUUUCUCCAUCGCUGCUGAGCUGAGGGCGCAGAUCUACGAAGAUGAUGGCCUGAAUCCUCUUCCGCUCCGGCAGGAUCUGCUUCAGGUAAUCAGAAGUGCACAGGCUUGGUGUUUCCGCUGGGUUGAGGCCGGAGAGACGAAUACCAAAGGAUACCUGCUUACUUGUGCUCUCGCUGCUCAGAUUGAGGGUCUUUUGCGGGGGCUUCGAGGCGACGAUAUUCCACCAUUACUGAUCAAGGCUGUCGAAGAGGCGGAAGAGAAAUGUCUGCCGGUCCUGGAGGAAAUGGCGGCGGUGCUACAGAUAGAGAGGGCUGGGGAUGCCGUUCCCCAGAUAUAUAUGAACCCGACGCCCGAUCUUUCAGAGGACUGCGACUUUAUGAUGUCGGAUAUCUUUCGCGAUCCCGGAAGCAUGGGGUCAAUGUGGUUGUUCGACGUCGGGGCUCCGGUCGGGCCGGCGAUAUGGUAA